GUGGAAAAACGGAUUGCCCCCGUGUCGCCGCCCGCAGGAUUCACACUGUCUAGUUUGCUGAAGGCCGCCUGGGCGAUGACUUUGGCCGAGACUUUUGCAUCGCCCGACCCAGCCACCGCACAAGCCAAUCCCGCAGUUGUCUUUGGGCAGGUUGUCCACGGCCGGGGGGUCGGCGUACCACACGAGGAUCGCAUCCUCGGACCAUGCAUCAGCAUCGUUCCGGUGCGAGUUAACAUUGACCACGCGGCUCCCCAGGUUGACCUUCUCCGCCAGAUUCAGCAGCAAAUGGUCGAGACCAUGCCCUACACCACUCUCGGCUUUGACGACAUCUGCGAGAACAGGACGACGUGGCCCAAGGGGACAAAACUGCCGAGUUUCCUCCGCAUCCGCAACUAUCAAUUCACGCCGCCUUGCUGGCUUGAAGGCGUCCCUUGCGAGGCCACCCACUAUGGCAUUCCCAAUAAGCCGUCCCCGUCGGCCAAUGUGCAUAUUGUUCCCUCGGCGACGGGGAUCCAUGUUGACAUUACGAUCUCGAGCCAUGUGCUGGGCCCAAAGCAGGUAGAAUUUCUUGUGGACCGGUUUUGUAGGACGAUCCAGUUGUUUGAUGCUGGUGCGAUCUGA